AUGCACCGACGCUGUGAGACACCCGCUUCCCAACGGGAUACUUUGCCAACCACCCACAUGCCAAAAAGUCGGGGGUGGCAAUUCUCAUCGCCCGCACAGUGCCUUUCCAAAGCCAAGCUGAGCUGGCGGACCCAGAAGGCCGCUAUAUAUUCGUGAAAGGCACGAUUGCCGGACAUCAGUAUACCCUGGCAUGUGUCUAUGCACCCAAUACGGCACAGCACCACUUCCUGACACGCACCUUACAUGCCCUGGACCGCUUCAGAGAGGGCCUGCUGAUCCUGGCGGGGGAUCUUAACCUAGCCCUGGACCCACGGCUAGACACCUCCUUAGGAACUAGCUCACUACCGGCUUCCUACCAACGCAAGGCCCUGGUGGCCCUCAAGAACGCGGGGUUGGCGGAUUCGUGGCGAGUGGUUCACCCACAGAGGAGGGACUACUCCUACUACUCUACGGUCCACAGUCGCUACAGUCGGUUGGACUAUAUCUUCCUCCCCAUUGAAUACCUCUCGCUCUUGCACUCCAGUGGGAUCCACACGGCAACCUGGUCGGACCAUGCUCCGGUCUGGACUAAGAUCGCCUCCCCGCUGUACAGGCCACGGGAGAGGCAGUGGCGGCUCAACGAGCAGGUCUUGGAGGAAUUGGAGGUGACAGUGGAGAUGGGUGACGCACUGCAGAAGUACUUUGAGGAGAACACCACCCCAGACGUGGAACCACCGAUGAUAUGGGAGGCUCAUAAAUGUAUGAUCCGCGGCCAUCUCAUACGUUAUUGUACCCAACGGAAGACGGCCCAAAGGCAAGCAGUCACGGACCUGGCACAACAAGUGGCAACCCUCGAAACUUUACAUAAAUCUACCCUCUCAGAGGAUACCUACAGAGAACUCCUGGAGGCGCGGAGAAACCUCAAGCAAUUGCUCUCGCAGGGCCUUCUCCGAACCAUUCGCAGAUCUCGACGACACUUCUAUGAAUACUCGGACAAAUGCGGGAGGCUCCUGGCCAGGCGCCUGCAAAGGGAACGGAGACUCACACACAUAACCAAGAUCCGGGACCAGACUGGCGUGCUCACUCAACGCCCAGACGGAAUAGCGACGGCCUUCCACCACUUCUACACGGACUUAUAUAACAUCCCAGAAACGCGAGGAGCAGCAGCCCGGAAGAGGC